AGGGAGGAGGCGGUGGCGACGGGGAGAACCGAGAAGGACCGAACGAGGAGGCCGGGCCGGCGGGAGAGGCCGAGCGGGUCAGCCCGCUCUUUGAAUAUCCGGGAUGCCCUACAAGCUGAAGAAAGAGAAGGAGCCUCCAAAGUCUACUAAAAACACUACAAAAGCCAGCAGUGGUAGUAGCAGCAGCAGCAGCAGCACUGGUACCAGCGGGAAAGAUGGCGGCACAGAGAAUUCAGACGAGGUCCAACAGCAGCAACAACAACAACAGCAGCAGCAGCAGCCACCGCCGCAACAACAGCAACAGCAACAACAACAGCAGACCUCAAACAAGCGUCCUAGCAACAGUACCCCUCCACCAACACAACUGAAUAAGAUCAAGUAUUCAGGGGGACCCCAGAUUGUAAAGAAGGAGCGACGGCAGAGCUCCUCUCGUUUCAACUUGAGUAAAAACCGGGAGCUUCAAAAGCUUCCUGCCCUUAAAGAUGCACCUCCUCAUGAACGGGAAGAGCUCUUUAUACAGAAGUUACGGCAGUGCUGUGUCCUCUUUGACUUCGUGGCUGACCCGCUCAGUGACCUGAAGUUCAAGGAAGUAAAACGGGCAGGUCUUAAUGAAAUGGUGGAGUACAUCACACACAACCGGGAUGUCAUCACCGAGACCAUUUACCCUGAAGCUGUUAUCAUGUUUUCAGUGAACCUCUUCCGGACGCUUCCCCCAUCAUCCAAUCCAACGGGAGCAGAGUUUGAUCCCGAAGAAGAUGAACCUACACUGGAAGCUGCUUGGCCUCACCUCCAGCUAGUGUAUGAAUUCUUUCUGAGGUUCCUGGAGUCACCAGAUUUCCAACCAAACAUAGCUAAGAAAUACAUCGACCAGAAGUUUGUAUUGUCACUGCUGGAUUUGUUUGACAGCGAGGAUCCUAGAGAACGGGACUUUCUGAAGACCAUUUUGCAUAGGAUUUACGGGAAAUUCUUGGGCCUCCGAGCCUAUAUACGAAGGCAGAUCAACAACAUAUUUUACAGGUUUAUCUAUGAGACGGAGCAUCACAAUGGGAUUGCAGAACUGCUAGAGAUAUUAGGGAGUAUAAUCAAUGGAUUUGCUUUGCCCCUGAAAGAAGAGCACAAAAUGUUCCUUAUCCGGGUCCUGCUGCCAUUGCACAAAGUGAAAUCUCUCAGUGUUUACCACCCCCAGGUAAAACAUUAA